UUAAUUAUAAAAAUUGAGUAAAAUCAUACAUUUUUAUAGUAAAAAUCAUACAUUUUUACAGUAAAAAUGGUUAGAUUUCUUCCAUUUUUGUAUUAUUGUUUCUUGGCUAUUACAAUAGCACUUUCGUUAAGCUGCCAAGCAACCAACGAUGAAUGGGUGACGGAUGCCCAUGCUACAUUUUAUGGUGAUAUGAAAGGAGGCGAGACUAUGUAUGGUGCUUGUGGGUAUAAAGAUCUAUACUCACAAGGUUACGGCCUUGAAACAGCAGCAUUAAGCACGGCAUUAUUCAACAAUGGAUCGGCAUGUGGAUCGUGUUAUGAGAUACAAUGCAUAAACUCCAAAUGGUGCAAACCCAGCCAUAAUACUAUUAGGAUCACAGCCACAAACUUCUGCCCCCCUAAUUACACAAAAACAGUCGAUAUUUGGUGUAAUCCUCCUCAAAAACACUUCGAUCUAUCACUUAAGAUGUUCUUAACAAUUGCGGAAUACAAAGCCGGGAUUGUACCUGUAAGAUUUCGCCGAGUUCCUUGUGUUAGGAAGGGUGGCUUGAAAUUCCUACUACAAGGGAAUCAAGGUUGGUACCUUGUAUUAGUGUUUAAUGUUGGAGGUGUUGGAAAUGUUGCAGAUGUUAAGAUUAAGCCGUCAAAUUCCCCAAAUUGGAUGCAAAUGACACGUAAUUGGGGUCAAAAUUGGCAAUUCACGAAAAAUUUGAUAGGGCAAAGUUUGUCAUUCCAAGUGACUACUAGUGAUGGUAAAAUUGUGCAAUCCAAUAACGUCGUACCGGCUAAUUGGCAAUUUGGCCAAACAUUUGAAGGAAGCAAAAACUUCUAAUUAACAUAAUUAAGUAUGAAUUAGUAUGGUUCUUAGUCAAAUUAAUAUUUGGGAUAUAUACGAGUUAAACUGAAUGAUAUACUAUUUUGGUUGUAAGAGAGAUCGGAAAGUUGGAUCCUUUUGCACAGUGGCGGAUCUUGAAGAAUUUUCUUCCAGGGGCCACAAAUAUUUUGAUCACUAAAUAAAUGCGAAUAUACGGAGUAAUACAUACUAUAUUAUUAGAGCAUACAAAACAUUGUAAUCCUCUAGAAACAAUAAAUAUUAAAUAAGUUCCUCUUUUUAACGCACAAUCGAAGACUAUAUAUUAUAAUUAAACAUUGUAACAAGUUUCUCAGAGGCACAAUUAUAGUAAUGCAUAUAGUUUUUACCACAA